ACAUAUACAUCAGCGGCCCUCACAGCCAUCUUACUGAACACCCUUCAUCAUCGCUGAAAGGAAAAAUACACUGUCAGUUGGCAUAAAGCAACCCAGCGCUGCCCUGCCGCGGCCUAAUACUAAUCGGGUCUUUGAUAGUUUUGGCAUCGCGGACCCCUCCAGUUGCCUUCGGCGGCAUUCGAGCACUCGCCGCUCCAGCCUACGAACAGCGGCGACCCCAGUAUUGUUAGAAACAGAAGAUGGUUCCCGUAACGUUCGGAUCACAAGAUUUUCGCACAGCCACUAGUCGCAACAAAAUGAUGGUUCUGUGCUUCUAAGCACCACCACCUACCGCCAGCUUGGAAACUGGGAACAGCAGGGCAGCAACGUCCCGGCCCGCCAGGUCUACGUGGGGUAGACUUCAUGGCGAGCCAGCGGGAGCCCGCCACGGCGCAGCGGGGUUCUCCGCCCGCUGCUACCGUUCAGCAGGAGUUUCUCUUCGUUGACGCAGCAAAAGCAAAGAGCUCCAAACAAGGGCGCCGCAACGCUCGCUCUUUUGUUAUGCAAAAAGCUCGAAGGGAGCGCCCAUGGUCAACAAGUAAACACGCAGCAAAGCAGAGAAAAAGUCCUGAGAAUACAAGUCCUACAACGAUUGGUACGCCCGACCUGUCAACCACCCCGAUAACUUCAACCCCAAGCCCACCUAUCGUCUUUCCUGGAACGGAAUACUUCCCACUGGUGGAUUCGAGUAACCUUCUGGUAGUCAAGCAAGAACUGUGUUCUGAGUGCCAGAUUUUCCUCUGUCGGCCUGGAAAACACCUUUGUCCAAGAUGCAUGCUCUUCCAACCGCCGGCGCCAAACGAAGAGCCUGACAAUAGCCUCUUUGAUCCAUUCGGAACAAUGUCAGUGGAAAUGAAUGGAGAUGUAUCGGUAUUACUAGACUACUUCGCCACCGAGAUGGCUCCAGGAAUAAUCGCGGUCGACAUUCGGAAUACCUCCCAUCUGAUGAGGUCGCACUGGUUUGGCACAGCUAUCAGCAAUCAAGGUUUCAUGCAUAGCUUGCUUAGCACGAUUGCGCUACAUCGACAUGUGUUCGGACGAGGGCCUCUUGAUACCGCCUUGUAUCACAGAGCACAUGCGAUAGCAUCUGUAAACAGUGCUCUAGCCAACCCGGAUAUGGCCGCGGGAAUCUCGGACGCAAAUAUUGGUGCCGUGUUCAACCUGCUCAGUGUCGAAGAAACCCUCGCCUCUCCAUACUUUGGGUACCUCAGGCCAGACGGCGACAACCCUGAUCAGCGCGCAAUACAUCUCCGUGGUCUCCUUAAGAUGGUGGAGUUGCGAGGGGGUCUGAUGGCGAUGGAUUCAAAUCGUAUCCUGCAAGCCUUUAUACUAUGGCAUGCGACGGCACACGCGGUCGCAUCCUUCGAUACGCCCUACCUCUCUACGAGCGACCUCCUUCUCGCAGCAUGCAAUCCGCGCCACCCUCCUGGCUACCAGCCGCAGAUAUGUCGACACUUGCUAGACUGCUGUGCAGUUUUACACAUUCAGGAGUCCCUCACUACCCUUGUCGAGUCUGCUUUGAUCUUGAUUGCUGACCUUAACGCUUGGUUCAGUGAAACAAAUAGUCCACUUGAUCCGCUAGAUAUGCAGAAUUUCUCCUGCGUUCUAGAGUGUAUGCUGCUAAAGUGGCUGCGCGAUAGGGAACACAUGGUCUGUCCACGCGAGGAUGCCCUGUGUGUAGCGCUCUUGAUCUUUACUAUACGAGUGACCGAGGCUUUCAAAGGCCGCAACCACGUCCACAUGCUUCACUUCCAAGCGAGCGACCGGCUCGAAAAGGCGCUCAGCGCCACAAGCUGCACCGAUUGGCGGGUGUGCCCUGACCUCCUCCUCUGGAUCUUAGCCAUCGGUGCCAUAUCAGCAGAGGGUUCAGUGCGACAUCCGUGGUUCGCGUAUCAGGUAUCUUUGGCGUGCGCCGAGUUUGAAAUCCCAAGCGCAGAAGCGCUACUCGAUCGCUUACGGCUUUGCGGUUGGGUAAGCUUCAAGCUCGACAACGCUGUGGGAUACCUGUGGGAGCAUGUCAUUAAUCUCAGGUUAGAGGACCGAAAUUUCCUACCGAUUCAAGCCUUUGCUUAUACAUGAGUUGGGACGGUAGGCUCGAGCCCUCGUUCGACUUUGACGCCGGCACAGCUGGGCCGCUGCAAGGCAAGGUUAAUUCGCCAGACUUUACAGACUGGCAGAACAUUGACUGGUCUACAUUGACGAGUCCCAACGUCGAG